CGGUAAAACGGGGCAGGGCCACCAUUCUCCGUCAAACUAGCUAUAGCUCUCCAGAAAGAAAAAACAAUCCUGGCUACACAUUAAACGCACCACCACUGCCUUAAAGACAUCCGUAAUUACUCUUCCGCUAAUGAGUCAUUUGUUUUGAAUGUAGUGACCGCGGUUUGUAUCAGUGACUCGGAGGUUUGAGCCUGUUUGGGCCACAGUAAAUGCAGAUCCAUGACGCUUAGCUGAAUAUAAAGCGGAAACUUCAGCUAACGCUAACUGAUACAUGUAUGUGAUACGGAAAACACAAAAGGAACCGCUGAAUUAAACACACAUGGAUCCCAACCGGAUAAUCCAAGCACUUAAAGGGACUAUCGACCCUAAUCUAAGGAUAGCGGCGGAAAAUGAACUCAAUCAGUCUUACAAGAUCAUCAACUUUGCUCCAACCCUGCUGCAGAUUAUUUUAUCCGAGCAGGUGGAGUUUCCUGUUCGUCAGGCAGCGGCCAUCUACCUGAAGAACAUGGUGAACCAGUACUGGCAGGACAGGGAGCCGUGUCUGGGUGAGGUCGUCUUUCCCUUCAACAUCCAUGAGAACGACCGGCAGCAGAUCAGAGACCACAUAGUGGAGGGCAUUAUCCGCUGUCCCGAGUCCUUACGCACGCAGCUCACCAUGUGUCUGCGUUCAGUCAUCAAGCAUGACUUCCCUGGCCGCUGGACCGCUAUAGUGGACAAGAUUGGCAUGUACCUGCAGUCUCAGAAUAGUGGCAGCUGGUACGGAACCCUGCUGGCUCUCUACCAGCUGGUCAAAACAUAUGAGUACAGGAAAGCAGAUGAGAGGGAGCCGUUGCUGGCAGCCAUGCAGAUCUUCCUGCCGAGGAUUCAGCAGCUCAUCAGCCAGCUGUUGGCCGACGCCACCAUCUUCUCCGUUCUUAUCCAGAAACAAAUCCUCAAGAUCUUUCACGCUUUCGUACAGUACUCACUGCCUCUCCAGAUGAUCAACAACACAGUGAUGACUCAGUGGAUGGAAAUCCUCCGAGCCAUAAUGGACCGGGAUGUCCCAGCCGAGACGUUGGAGGUUGAUGAAGACGACCGUCCGGAGCUGGCAUGGUGGAAGUGUAAGAAGUGGGCGUUGCGCAUCAUCAACAGAUUGUUUGAACGGUAUGGAAGCCCUGGAAAUGUGACAAAGGAGUACUACGAGUUUGCAGACUUUUUCCUGAAGACAUAUGCGAUUGGAUUACAGCAGGUCCUGCUGAAGGUGGUGGACCAGCAUCGGCAGAAGCAGUAUGUUACUCCUCGUGUCCUGCAGCAGUGCCUCAACUACCUCAACCAGGGCCUGUCACACUCACUGACCUGGAAACAGAUGAAGCCACAUAUGCAGACCAUAUGCCAGGAGGUCAUCUUCCCUCUCAUGUGUUACAAAGAAGAGGAUGAGAAACUCUGGCUGGAAGACCCUUAUGAAUACAUCCGCAUGAAGUUCAACCUCUAUGACGAUCACGCCCUACCAGCCACUGCUGCUCAAAGCGUUCUGUGUAAAGCUGCCCGCAAGAGGAAAGAGGUCCUUCCUCAGAUGAUGGAGUUCUGCCACCAGAUACUGGUGGACCCCUCUGCUGACCCCCGCAAGACGGACGGGGCACUGCACUGCAUUGGAGCUCUGGCUGAGCUCUUACUAAAGAAGCGGAUAUACAGGGAGCAGAUGGAGCUGUUGCUGCAAAACUAUGUCGUCCCUCUGCUCAACUCUGGUAUGGGUUACCUGCGAGCCAGGUCGUGUUGGGUGCUCCACUGCUUUAGCCCCCUGCGUUUCCAUGAUGAGCUGGUGCUGAGGAAUGCUGUUGAAUUGGUCAAACAGAAUCUGAUCAAUGACAAAGAGAUGCCUGUCAAGGUGGAAGCUGCAAUUGCACUGCAGACAUUGAUCAGCAACCAGGAACAAGCCAAGCUGUACAUAAGGCCAUACAUUCGGCCGGUAAUGCAACAGCUGCUGCAUGUGGUAAAAGAGACAGAGAAUGACGACCUGACCAACGUCAUUCAGAAGAUGAUCUGCGAGUACAACCAGGAGGUGGCUGCCAUUGCUGUGGAAAUGACGCAGAAUCUGGCAGAGAUUUUCACCAGGGUCCUUCAGAGUGAGGAGUAUGAGGAGAACGAGGACAAGACCGUCAUGGCCCUGGGCGUCCUCAGCACCAUUGACACCAUUCUUACUGUCAUGGAGGACCACAAAGAGAUCACUCAGCAGCUGGAGGGGAUCUGUUUGCAGGUGAUCGGUCUGGUCUUGCAGAAGCCCAUCAUAGGUAUGGCAGAGUUCUAUGAGGAGAUCUUGUCGCUGGCCUUCGGCCUCACCUGUCAGACCAUCUCUCCCCAGAUGUGGCAGCUUCUGGGCGUCUUGUACGAGGUCUUCCAGCAUGACUACUUUGACUACUUUACAGAUAUGAUGCCUCUUUUGCACAACUAUGUUACUGUGGAUACAGACAUGCUCCUCUCCAAUCCUAAACACUUAGAGGUCAUCUACAGCAUGUGCAAAAAGGUACUCACCAUAGAUGCAGGUGAGGAUGCAGAGUGUCACGCUGCCAAACUGUUGGAAGUCAUCAUCCUGCAGUGCAGAGGCAGAGGAAUUGACCAGUGCAUCCCUCUAUUUGUGGAGGCGGUUCUGGAGCGUUUGAUGCGGGGGGUGAAGUCUAGCGAACUGAGGACCAUGUGCCUGCAGGUGGCCAUUGCUGCUCUAUACUACAACCCAGCCCUGCUCCUCCACACGCUGGACAACAUGCACUUCCAACUCAACCCUCAGCCAAUCACUGCCCACUUCAUCAACCAGUGGAUGAAUGACACAGAGUUCUUCCUGGGGCUCCAUGACCGUAAGAUGUGUAUCAUCGGACUGAGCGUGUUGCUGGAGUUGCCCAGUCGGCCGGCGGUGCUGGAGGGAGUUGCUGCCCAGAUCGUCCCCUCCAUCCUGCUCCUGUUCCUUGGGCUCAAACAUCUCUACGCCUCCCGCCUUGUCAAUAAACCAGACCUGCUGCCUCAUGCAGGGGCACAGGAUGAAGACCAGAAUGAAGAGAUUCCCAGUGAUGAAGAUGAAGUGAAUGAGAACCAUAACGCCAUGCAGCAUCAGUCUAACAUGCCAACGGGCCAGGCUGGUGACGAUGAUGACGAUGACGAAGAUGACUACUGGGAUGACGAUGGCUUUGAGGGAACACCCCUGGAAGAGUACAGCACGCCUUUAGACUACGACAACGGAGAGGACGAGUACCGCUUCUUCACCUCUGCCCUGCUCCGGGUCCAGAACACCGAUGCAGCCUGGUACCAGUGUUUGACAGCUCCACUCAGCGACGACCAGAAAAAACAGCUGCAGGAGAUCUACAGCAUCUCUCAGCAGAGGAGGAGCCCCGCCGCCAAGAGCCAGUGAGCACUGUGGAGACAGAUGGCAGAAUCAGAAAGGAAGGGCAAGAAGAAGAUGGGAAGAAGAUGGUCUGACCUGCAGUGGAGUUCAGUCUGAUUUAAAUGACCUAUGACCACAUCAGACCGUAUCAGACUUACUAGAUCCCAGCAAAACCAGGUUCCAGGGUGCCAUCAGAACUGGAUUGAAUUGCACAGGCUCGGUCAGCAUCAUAUCAGUUUGGACCUGGUAAACUUUAAAAGCCCCUACCACAAUUGUCCUAUCACCAAGACAGAACCACUGGCCUGUGUGUAUGUGGACUCCAGAGAAAGAUCUGCAUUAUAAAUAUAAAUGUCCUUGACCAGCAAAAAUUAGUUUAAUUUCUUGUAGAGUGCAGUCCUUUGGUCUCUGGCUAAGUAAAGGUGUGUAUGCGUAUGUGUGCGUGCGUGCGUGUGUGUGUGUGUGUGAGAAACUGUAAUAAAUAAAAACACAUCAGAAUGAGUGCUUGUAAGUACUGUAAGUGCUUGUCUUUGUCUCUAUAUAGUUGAACACUUUUUAUCAUCUCAUGAAGGCCUACAAGGAGCAAGAAGAGCUGUCUGGGUGCCUUGUAUAGACUGUGGAUGGACAAGGAGUUGUGGUCAAAAUCUUGUG